AUGGAUCUAUUUGCGUGUUGCUCUUCUGAUGAGGAUUCCAAAGCUCCUGUAGCAAAAUCAAAAUCUAAGACCACUCAUGAUGAGGGAGCGAAGCCUAUCAUACCCUUGAAUGAUCGAAGGGUCACUUAUGCUGAACUUAUGAAAAGAAAGGCUGAACAUGAUGAAGCAGAGAACCGUCAACGCAGAAAGGAUCGAAUUCGGCAUCGAAUACAAGAGGAUGAGGAGAGACUUCGAUUCCUUGAUGGGGUACCCUCUGACUCUGAUGCUGAUGCUUCUGAAGAGGAAGCUGAGUGGGUGUUUACAGAGCGUAAGGUCAAGCCUGACCGAUAUGAAAGAGAGUUCCGGAAGACCAUGAAGCAAAUUGAAGCUGAAGCUGAAGUGGAAGAAGACCCGGACUCAGAUGAUGAUCUUGAUGCCUAUCCGGACUUCAUCCACGGUCCUGACGCUGAUUCCGACGAAGAGGAAGACAGUGAUGACAAAUCUGAUGAUUCGGAUGACGAGAAGGACAAUGAUGACGAAUCUGAUAAUUCGGAUGAAUCUGACGAGUAG